AUGGUUGGGCUGUCUGCGUCCGAGCUGCAAGCAGAGACGCUCUUCCCAGGCGACACGAUCGAGUACUUCUCGAUCGCGUUCGUCGCGGGCGACGCUCGUGGCCAUCGCCUGGCGACAGUGCUGCGCGUGGACCACACAGAAGACGAGUUCCCAAUCGAAGUGGACACACAGGAGCUAUUGCCGCUGACUAUGAUGCUCAAGCGCAAACGAGACCGUAACGGCGUCGACAUUUCUUCGGAUGAUGCAAAGUGGCGAAAGUUGCGGACGUUUCGGUUGGUGGACGGGGAAGUAGAAGGCGAGACGCGUGCGGAUCGACUCAAUGCCGGGCUGAAAAAGAGUGUUGCUGAUGCAAUGAAAGCGACAACGAAGCAUCUGGCAGCGAAGAAACAGGAUCAGUCGUGUGUCCGCGGCAAGCGAUUGAUGAGUAUGUUUUUGACAAAGACGAAUGCUGGAUCGGACAAAGGCGAGACGAGCAGAAGUCAACGCAGCUCCUUCGAGGAAGACGCAAAACCUGGACGAAAGACGAAGAGGAAGCGCGUGCGUUCUCGAGAUGAGACGGGCGGCCACUUGGGUAUGCAACCUUUCGACAAGCUCACAUUGAAAGAAAGCCGGGGUUGUGAGAUGGCGUCUCGACAGAGCCGAUAUGAGGACGCACCAGUGCGUUCGUCACGGCUGAUGCAUAAGUAUGACUCACAGAAGAACAAAUUGCGCAACCAGCGGCGGAGCAACUCGACGUCAAAGGGAAACAAGACAGUGUGUGUCAUACCGAAGACAAAUCAGCUGAGCAUCAGCAGGUACUUUUGUGUACAGCAUGAGCGGCGUCAACCGAAGAAGAAAGUCGUCGCUGGCUCGGACAAGUCUGUCAAUCGUGUUCAGGAGACAAAGGACAUCAACGCCAUUGAAGCGCAGAAGCGUUGUGUGUGGGGGCUAGAUGAAUACUAUGCGCUGGACGCCGAGAAGAAGGCGCUUGAGGCAUCAGUCAGUGAAGGUCGAGGCACCGCGCGUGGAGAUGCUAGCGCUAGUCGUGCAGUAAGUCCAACAAAGACGUCGAGUACCCGACAACGUGCGAAUGGUUGCGCGAUGAAAGGGGAAUCAGAUGCUCUCCGCUCGUGGUUGAAACAUCGAAGCAAAGAGAGGCGGCAAGGAGACCUGGAAGCGGUCAAACAUGGUGCCCUCGAGACGAGUCAGCAAUCCAAGUACCGACUGCCGAGCGUUGCUUCCGACAAGUUGGAAUCUCGGACAAAAGAGGUGACCAGCAUCAAGCGACGCCAUGCAACCCAUCAAGACUUCCGCCAUCGAAAGUUGUAA